CUCCGCGACGUCAUAGGGACCGUCUGGUCUUUUGCGGAGCGACGCAGAAAAAAAAUCUGAUCCAACGUCGCCCAGCUCGGGACGUGUCCCUCGUCUCGUGCCGCAAAGCUGGAUCUAACAAAAUGUCCAAACCGUCGCUCGCCGUGUCGCGCGGGGCACCCGAGGAGCGCAGGCUGGUGCACAAGAUUGACUUCUUCAUCCUUACCUUCUGCUGUCUGAGCUACUUUCUCAAUUAUCUCGACCGGUCCAACCUGUCCAAUGCCUAUGUGUCGGGGAUGAAGGAGGACCUCGGUUUUGAGGGCGACCAGCUGAACCAGAUCACCACGUGUUUUACCGUGGGCUAUGUCAUCGGGCAGAUCCCGUCCAACCUCAGCCUCAACUAUGUCAAGCCGCGCUACUUCUUCCCGGCCAUGAUGGUCGUGUGGGCGUGCCUGACCAUGCUCACGGCGUCGGCACACUCGCCCCAAGCCAUCAUGGCCAUCCGCUUCUUCCAGGGCAUCGCCGAGUCGAGCACCUUCGUCGGCACGCACUACAUCCUGGGGUCAUGGUACACGGAGCGCGAGCUGGGCAAGCGCAGCGGCAUCUUCACGGCCUCGGGGCUUGCCGGCACCAUGAUCGGCGGCUUCAUCCAGAGCGGCAUCUACUCGAGCCUCAACAGCCGCCACGGCCUCGCCGGCUGGCGCUGGCUGUUCCUCGUCGACGGCCUCAUCACCCUGCCCGUCGCCCUCUACGGCUUCCUGCUUUUCCCCGACACCCCCGCCACCACCGCCGCCUGCUACCUGACCCCGGCCGAGCGCGCCCUCGCCGUCUCGCGCCUGCCGCCCGCCGACCCAGCCCACGCCAACACCGCCGUCUUCUCGUGGGCCUUUGCCCGCUCCGUCCUCGCGUCUUGGGAGUGGUGGGGCUUCGUCGUGCUGUGGAUCAUCGCCGGCGAGACCGAGUCCUUCUCCUCCAACUCACUGUUAGCGCUCUACAUGAAAAGCUCACCCACCACCAAAUACUCCAUCACACAGCUCAACAACUACCCGACGGGCGUCCCGGCCGUCGGCAUCGUCUCGACCCUCUUCUGGGCCACUCUGACCGACGCCGCCCGCGGCAAGCGCUACCUGGUCGGCUACUUCAUCGCGGCCACGGGCGUCGCCACCAGCGCCAUGGUCCUCGCCGCGUCGCACUACCCCGGCACCGCCCGGUCAGAGACCACGGUCUUCGCCGCCUACUACUGGGCUGGAGUCGUCUACGCGUGCCAGGCCACCUUCUUCGCCUGGGCCAACGACACCAUGCGCGCGCGCGAGCCCGCGUUCCGCGCCGUCGUGCUUGCUGGCAUGAACCUUGGCAGCAACGCCGUCAACGCUUGGUGGAGCAUCCUCUUCUACGGCGCGGCCAUGGCGCCGUGGUUCACGCGCGGCAUGUACGCCAUGAUCGCCGUGUCGGUGGCGCUCGGGGCGUGGACGGCCGGGCUGGUGUGGGUGUCGAGCAGGGCCGAGGCGAAGUCCGCUACUGCUAGCGGCGGCGAUAGGCCGCUAGAGGAGAGGGAGAGCGAUGCCGACGUCUCGUUCCGCGAAGCGCGCGGCCACAAGCGAGAGCAGUCGUCUGUUUGAUUGGUGUUAUUGGGCAUUUGCAGGGAAUAGAAUAACUAAGGUAGGUAGAUAUAGACUUGGAUUAUUAUAUAAAAGCCGUGCGCCGUCAUCGCGUCACUGCCAAUCCCC